UCCUGCGAGGAUGAAGAUUUAGAAGUCUCUGUGCGCUCUGCGUUAAUAUAAGACUCUGCGCGUUAGACUGAAGUGUUUGUCUAGUAGGCUAUAUCUUGUUAUGGGGAAUUAGCAUUUAUCACACGGGUAAAUCUGAUUUUGAGAUCAGUUUUAGAGUGAGACAGCGGUGGCGUGCACUGGUGGCAUAGGCGGUGUCUGCCAGAAGCUGCAGGAUCCAAUCCAAAAGUGCAAAAGGCACACCUCGGGCACAUGAUUUUUUCGUGUUUUCCGGACACAGUUUGAAAGGAGUGUGACGCAGCUGAACCCACUUGUCAACUCAGCUUUAGCUCAAGUCUCCAGAGAGUGAGAAAGAGAGGGAGAUUAAGGGAGAGUGAAAAUAAGUAAGCGAGAAGAAGAGAGCGGGAGAGAGAGACAGACAGAAGGAGGCUCGUCUCUGAGUUAGAGAGUUAUAGAGAGAGGGAGAGAAAAAGGGGAAAAAAAGAGAAGGAGGCUCGUCUCUGAUGGAGGCCAGGCAGGCACCAAAGCAGCGUGCGCGGGAGAGACACACAGAGAGAGGCGGAGAGGAGGGAAUUAUCAUAAUGAUUAAAAAGAGGUUACCACUGCAGGCAAGUCACCGCUGAAACCAGUCAGUGUUUUACCUAAGGGCACAACAACAUGAAAAGUCUGAUCAUCACAGACAUUGACAAAUUUCCUGCUAAACUAUUUCCAAGAAGAAAAGAUCUCUUGGUGUGAUGCGUCCUAUAUUAGGAAGUGCGAUGGCUCGGAGCUGUGUUUGCCUGCCGGGCGUCAAGCCGCUUUCUCCGCGGUGAUCCCAACGCAAGCAGAGAAUAAUCUGGCUCUGUUCUGCUCAUGUGCCUGGGUGAGAGUGUGAUUUACGCUGUCACACUUUGGAUUUCUGCACCUCAUAACUCCUCAAGUGUUCUCCUACUUUAAAAAUGAUGGAUGGAGACAGACCUUUGUUACAGUAGCUCUGAGCAGCAGUUUUGACACCUGACACCCAAAGAAACAUGGACGGAUCCUCACCUUCUCUUCAGUAUGGCUCCAAAAAGCGUGUGAAGAUCCACCCAAACACAGUGACAGUGAAAUAUGCUACACACUUCCCUCAGCCGGGGGACGAGGGCUACGAUGAUGCCCCCUCUUUUGAGGAGUUUGGGGCCUUUGCAGAAGCCAAUGCAGGAAAGAGACUGGUCACAGACAGUAAAGGAGGCAGGACUUUCUUUGGGACAAUGGAUACUCAGCCUAAGCAGCCCGUUGCACCCAAGGACAAAGGGGUGGAGGGUCAGCUUGCCAGCUUUGGGGAGGCUAAUGUCCUAGCCUCAAAAGUGACCUGGAUGGCCCUGUUUGGGGCAGCAGUGGCACACGGUUGUGUGUCCCUGAUCACACGUUUAGCAGCAGACCGCUCCAAAGUGCCCUCCCUGGAGCUACUCUUCAUUCGCUCUGUCAUUCAAGUGCUGUCCAUCCUUGUGGUCCUCUACUACCAUGAGGCUCCCUUUGGUCCUAAGGGCUACAGGCUUAAGCUCUUCUUCUAUGGCGUCUGCAACGUGAUCUCCAUCACCUGCGCCUACACCUCCUUUGCCAUUGUCCCGCCCAGUAACGGCACAAUCAUGUGGCGAGCCUCCACCACAGUUUUCAGUGCCAUCCUGGCCUUUCUGCUGUUGGACGAGCGUCUUGGCUACACAGACGUGGUCACUGUGGUGGGCAGUGUGUUUGGGUUAUGCCUGGUGAUGGUGCCCAACAUUGCAGAUGAGGAGAAGUCCAGGCUGGGCUUUUGGAAAGAGGCCUUUGGGUAUACAAUGACAGUGAUGGCGGGUUUGACUGCGGCCCUGUCCAUGAUAGUCUACAGGGCCAUAAAGGAGCGGGUGAGCAUGUGGACAGCGCUCUUCACCUUUGGCUGGACAGGCACCGUGUGGGGGGCUUCCACUAUGUUCAUCAUGCAGGAGCCCAUCAUUCCUCUGGACAUGGAGACCUGGGGCUAUCUCACAGGCAUCUGUAUUUGCUCCACAGUGGCGUUCCUGGGAGUCUACUAUGCUCUGAACAAAUUCCACCCAGCCUUAGUCAGCACCGUGCAGCACCUGGAGAUCGUGGUGGCCAUGUUCCUGCAGCUCAUUGUGCUGAGGAUGGUCCCAUCUGUGUAUGAUGUCAUCGGGGCUCUUCUCAUCAUGGUCUCUGUGUUUACGCUGACUGGAGUCAAGUUGUACAGGGUGAGCCGGGCCAUCAGGCAGGACUACCAGGAGAUCCUAGACUCACCCAUCAAAUGAGAGUCACAAUGUCAGUCUAUAUGUUUACAGUGUUGCUUGGUUGUGCAGUUUAAUGAAUGUCUGGAUCAUUUGAUGAUUUUGUAUUGUGUUGUUUGCAGAGUGCUGGUUGUGUAUCUAAUGUCUUAAUAUGUCUGUGAUAAAAGACUAAUGUAAAUGAUGAUUCCCUCAUAGUUCAAACAAAACAAUAACAAAACUAAAUUCACUUUUGUUUUUGAUCAGGCCUAAUGAACGCUAGCUAAAAGGAUAUAAGAAUAUAGACUGUGAGGAAGCAGGAAAUGCCAUAAACAUUGUUAAAUGUCUCUCUCUGUUGUUACACUGCCACACUUGCACUGUGUAAUUGUGAGCCCAGAAA